CUACCGGGUCAACAGACCUAUCUCCUUGGUCGAGAUCGUGCCGAAACUGAACGUUUGAACAAACAACACCACUUCCUGAUGGAGCUCCUGGGACAUCAAUACGUUCAUCCCUCCAUUCCGAAGAAUCAGAUCACGUCAAUCACGGAUCUAGGUACUGGUACUGGAAUCUGGCUCAAAGAAAUUGCGCGAACUCUUCCCACCAGCAUUCCACCACUACACCUGCAAGGCUUCGACAUCUCCGCGGCACAAUUCCCUCCCCAGCCCCAGUUUCAUGGCCCUGGAAAAACAUGGAUCCUGCUGAGCGUGCAAGACAUCCUCAAAAAAUGGUCCGCAGAGCACAAGGGACGUUAUGACUUUGUGCAUAUCCGUCUUCUCACAGCAGCCCUCAAGACCGAGUCUUACAAGGUUGCGUUGAAGAAUGUGCGCGACUUGCUGAAGCCCAACGGCUACAUCCAAUGGGAAGAAGUUGACACCACAGCCUUCCACACCGAAAAAACUCCCCAAAUUCCCGCAGUUGCCAAGAUGUCCCAAUCAGUUCGACACGCCAUGAUCAAGAUGGGCAUGAGUCCCUUUGCGCCCGAGCGCGUCUACGACGAGCUCUGCUCUAGCGAAUUCCGAAACAUCCACCGUCAGACGUACACUACAAAGGGCAAGGAGUACCUGCAUGAUGCGGCUCAGGAGUGGGUAGUUAGUGUUAUCCGAGCCCUGGUUGUCCCUUCCAUGGUCAUCACGGGAGAAGCUAUGGAUGAGGCGCAUGCGAAGAGUCAAGUUGAGAAAUUGAUUGCUGAAUUUGAGGAGCAUUGUAAACAUGCGUUUCCGCUAAUCAACUUUACUGUUGUUGUUGCGCAGCUCUGA